GUCGUACACUCGGGGCAGCAUUGGGCUCUGGUGUCUAGGUGAGUCUGUAGAUAAGACGCACCCACAGCUCUAUGCCACUCCCUUCCAGGUGAAGUGGUAACGGAGAGCUCCUUCCUUCGCGCUGCUUACUUAUGGCUAUGAAACAAACGAAAACACUUUAAAAACCCUUCCAAACGCUUCAUUUAGGCGGCUGGUUUGUCAAAAAAGCGAUUCGACAGCUCCAAACGACCAAAACAACCAUAAAAACACCUUGGAGAUGGAGGCAGCGCCGGGCGGUCUCGGGCGCUGUUCUUGCGCGUUCUGGCUCGCGGUGGCUUUCGACGCUCUUGGUCUCAUCAUAUUAUUGCUUGGCGUGUUUGGAGAAUUUUUUUUCUAUGACUUUUUGAUAUAUGCAGGCGCUAUCAUCAUUUUCCUGAGUCUCAUCUGGUGGGUUUUCUGGUACACGGGUAAUAUUGAGGUGCCCCCCGAGGAGCUUGAGGAUGAUGUGGGUUUGCUGAAGAAGGGCAGAGGUUUGGCUGGGGUUGUCAGGAGGUUCUCCAGUCGCCUCUCGAGCGGAAUCAGAAACUCUUUCAGGAGAAAUGGGGAUACUCGAGGUCAAGGGGCAGUUCCCGGUCAAGCAACGCGCAGAAGAGAAGGCGGUCAAGUACCAGUGACUUUUGCAAUGACCUCUCAGGAUAAUGUGAGCACUGUGUCUGCGGCAGUGACAGAAACACAGGCCAUAUGAACCAUACAGAUUACAGAAGAGGAUAUUCAGCCAUAUGGCAUUGCCUAAGCAAAGUUUUGUUUUCUCUCCUGUUGAAACAUUCAUUUUUGACUUUGGUUUUUUCUAUUGAAAAUGUUUACAAUUGAAUGACAUUUUGUACCAUUUUUGUUGAUUUGACUGAUUUUGUGUUUUGUGCUUUGUACUAUAUUAUGCACUGACAAAAUGGCUGUAUGACAAAAUAAAUACAAUUAUGUAUUUUCCUACA